GCAGAUUAUUUGGCCCGUCUUCACAAGAAAACGAUGCUUCUUCCUGAGUUUAACGUGACGGUGAAUGGCUGCUGUGGCUCCUGCUGCUGCUUCUCUAUGAAACAUCGCUGCGUCCUUUGUGCCCGGUGUGUGAGCGCCGCUCCGCCUGAUUGGUCGCUCAUGUGGCGGCGGCUGUGAAUGCGGCGUCCCCGCGUUGCAGCUCUGCAGCUCCUCCACCACCACACAGCGGAGCGGCCACGUAGGACAAGGAGACAGAAAGAGAGACAGAGAGAGAGCGAGCGAGCGAGAGGGGGAGGGCAUGCUAGGCUACCUUAAACGAUAGAUACCCACUACGGAGGAAUGGACAGUUGAUGUUAACACAUCGAGAAGAACACAUUUAAGAAUGAAAAUGCCCUCUUCGUCGGGGGUGGUCGCGCUGGUCUGGGUCGCCGGUCUUCUUUUUAUCACGCAGCCUUUACCCACCGCGGCGUGGGACUUGGACCUGGAGCUCUUCGACCUGGUGGAGGAAAUUCCGCAGACCUUUUACGAGUUCAUGUCUGUUAGCCAAGAUGCAACGUCAUCUGAGAUCAAGAAGGCCUACAGAAGACUGUCCCUCAUCCUGCACCCUGAUAAAAACAAAGAUGAAAACGCUGAAACCCAGUUCAGACAGCUCGUUGCCAUCUAUGAGGUUCUUAAGGAUGAAGAACGGAGACAGCGGUAUGAUGACAUUCUGGUUAAUGGGCUGCCUGACUGGAGGCAGCCUAUGUUCUACUACCGUCGCGUGAGGAAGAUGAGUAAUGGAGAGCUGGGCUUCCUCCUGUUCCUCAUCCUCACAGUGGGCCACUACGCUGUAAUCUGGUCCAUCUAUCUGGAAAAGCAGCUGGAUGAACUUCUUAGCAAGAAGAAGAAAGAGAAGAAGAAGAAGCAAAGCAGCAAGGUAGUUGAGGAAGUGAAGACCACUGGACAAGAGAAAAAUGAGAGAUCAGAUAAGCCGCACUGGCAUGAUAUUUUACCUCUCAAAUUGAGCAUCUGGCUGUACUACUCUUUGAAGUCUCUCCCACAUGUCAUACAGGACGUGAAGCAGUACUACAAAGAUUACAAAGAAAUGAAAGUGAAGGAGAAAGAAGAAGCAGAAGCACUAGCAGAGCAAGAAAGUCAGCAAAGAGAGAAACGUCCAAAGGUAAAGAAACCCAAGAUGGAGUUUCCAGUUUAUGAGCCCAGUGAGGCAGCUUAUGUACCUGCAUAUGACCAGGGAACGUCGAUCGAGGACAUUGAGGAUCAAAUGGAUGAUUGGCUGGAGGAUAGGAAACAGCAGAAAAAAAAAACUCCGGGGUGGACAGAAGAGGACGUCAGCUUACUAACUCGCAACAUGGCAAAGUUCCCCGGAGGGACACCAGGCCGGUGGGAGAAGAUUGCCCAUGAACUGGGCAGAUCUGUCACUGAAGUUACAGCCAAAGUGAAACAGAUCAAAGAAGGCGUCUCCAGCACACCAGGGCUGGUAAAGUUCUCAGAGCUGAAGAGCUGUGCGACGGUUGGUAAAGGCUCUGUUCCAGACAGUCUGAUGACCCAACGGGAGGAGCUCGAGUCACCGGCACCCUCGGAGCCCGAUGCUGAGGGAGACUCUGAGAACCGGACCAUAAGGAGGAGAGCCAAGAAAUCAGCAGCAGGGCCUGCUGGGGCAGGAGAGGAGCGGGUGAAAGGGCGCAGGCAGAAAGACUUUGACCCCACGGCUGUGGACGAGGACAGCGAAGAUGAGAAAAAGUCCUCACCCGCAGCACCACCCAAAGAGAAGCCCAGCGCUUCUGAUGACGUUUGGACCCAGAACCAGCAGAGGCUCCUGGAACUUGCCCUGCAGCAGUACCCACGAGGCACGGCUGAACGGUGGGACCGGAUCGCUAAAGUGGUGCCUGGGAAAAGCAAGGAGGAGUGUAUGAUCCGCUACAAGCUGCUCGCAGAGCUGGUGCAGAGACGGAAACAAGCAAAGAGCUGACGCUCCGGUCCUCCCAGCCCUUCCUUCUAUACCUUCAUCUCUCUGUCAUGUGCCUUAGCUUUGCCAAAAUCAUGCUGUAUGUCGGCCCAGUCAGCUGUACUGCUGCCUGGCGUGUUCUGCAGUACCUGGACAUAUCAGUAUUGGAAAUAUCCAUCUAUGACCUGUAUUAUUUGAAACAGCAGAUGUGCUGAAAAUCAGAUAAUUUAUUUAUUUUAAAUCGUUCUGUGCUGCAGUCUCCAUCGCGAACGUCCCGGAACGCCUUGCAGUCUCUGUUUUCAGAGACCCAGUAUGUUGUUCUGUUUAUCCGUUUGUCACAUUAUAAUGAACCAUAAAGCAUCGUCUACAACUGAUUUAUAGUGGGGUCAUAGCGUCUGUUACGUUGCAGAGUGAACAGAACAGUUUAGCACACAAACAAUAAUAGUACGGUCACUUCCUGAAUGAGGAGAUCUGUAGAGAAAUACUCAGAAUUAAGUAACAGAAUUAAGGAGAAAAUAGGACAAACAAGUUUUCUCAAAAAAUUAGCUGUGUACUCCUGCCUUUUGUUAAAUCGCCCCAGGUUCUGCUAAUAUAAAAAAAAGGCAUAAAAGUUCCUAAAGCUGGACGUUUCUAUAUUCAGGAGUGUAAAAUACAGUGAACAAUUAACGCUUUACCGCCAGUUAUAUGAAUAUUCCAGCUGAACAGCUUUCAGAGGAGCAGUCACUGAAAUACUGAGGUCUUGCGCAUCAGUGUCAGUAUUUAGCAACAAGAAUUAUGCUUCAUAUCUUGUACCAGAUGUCAGGCAGCGUAUUAGUGACCAUAUUGUGUAAAAGUGUUCUAUAGAACUGAGCAUAUCAUAUCAAGCCUCUUUAAUUGAUGUCUACGUCUUAAACAUUUAAUAAUACAAAACCUUUAUUCCGUUUUUAUUCAGUUUUUAAUUAUACAGAAACCUUAAAGAAGGUGGAACCUUUACCCAUAAGUUUAUGCACUUUUAAGAUUUGAAAAUGUUCACAAGAUUACGCAACAUGGUUCUUCGAGGGUUCUUUAGUAAAGAAAAUUGUUUUAUAUGGACCCACGAACACCCUGAGAACCUUUUACAUGAUUAAAGGGUUCUUUGCAUUGAGAAUGUGUUCUUCAGAUAGAUAGUGUUGUAGAUGAUACUAUAUAGACCCUCUUUGAAAAGGAUUCUGUCUAGCACCAAAAAGGUUCGUCUGUUGUUAAAAGCUUGGCAUCGUAACAAAAGCAGAACUUUUUUUUACUUCUAUAUAAAACCACUUUUAAAAAUGUAUAUUAAAAAAAUAUCAUAACAUGUAUUCCAUCAAUUUGAAGAACGCUUUCACGAUGCAAAGAACCCUUUAAUUAUGUUCAUGGUUGUAUAGAGGACCAUUUUCUUUAAUAAAGUACCCUUGAAGAACCAUCAAAUGUACUGAGACUAGAGGUGGGUGUUACUGGUUUAAAUUAUAUUCUUUGAGAAUAAAAAAAAAAAUCUUGUGGCUUUUCAUGUAGUCUGUAAAUUUAUAGAUUUUGAUGUUGGAGGAUUAUGGACCACCUUAUAUUCGACACUUGAUGCACUAUGUCCAAAAGUAUCCAGACAGCUCUUCUCAUGAGUUCAGCUACUUUAAGGUGCACCAUCUGCUGACACACAGUUUGUAUAAUCUCUAUAGAGAAGACUAACCAAUGGAAUAGCAGCUACAUAAGGUCACCAAUCUUCUCCUGAAGACAUCCGUUAUCUGCUUGGCUUUGACAUUGUUGGCGAGACUGUUUACUCCCGGCAGAGGGCAGUAUAUUGUUUCCUAUCCUGUUCCUUGGUAGAACAUAUAUUUAGUUGACUAAUACACUGCUGGUCAAUGAAAUAGCAUCACUGGACCAAAAUUAUGUGUGAGUUACACCUUAUUGGUAUAAAUGUUGGCUGCAAAGAGAAGCUUCAUGACACCUCAUUAAGUGUUUGCCUAUAGUCAGUGUUCUCUUAGAACAGUGUGACCUACUGUGAACUACACAACUGAACAAUGUUUUACUGUGUAGCUAAACACGUUCAGGAUUUCUGUUGUUUUUAUUUAUAAGCAUACAGUUGGGUCCAUGAGAAUUUGGACUGUGAAACAAUUUUUGUAGUUGUACAUCUGUACACCAUCACAGUGGAUUUGAAAUGAAUCAAUCAAGAUGUCAUUGAAGUGUAGACUUCCAGCUUUAAUUCAAGGGGUUUAACAAAAAUAUUGCAUUAACCUUUUAGGAAUUACAGCCAUUUUUAUACAGUCCUUCUGUUUUCGAAGGCUCAAACGUAAUUGGGCAGACCAAGAUCAUAAAUACCAAAGGAAAUACAAGGAUGCAAAUCCUUUAAAGUCACUGAACUGUUGAGUUCCCUCUGAAGAGAUGCUUUUCAAAGCAUUUACGGCAGCCACCUUCAGUUGCUGCUUAUUUGUGGGUCUUUCUGCCUUUGGUAAGUGAAAAGCAUGCUCAGUGGGGUUGAGGUCGGCUAUUUAAGAACAUCGCCUUUCUUUGCUUUAAGAAGCUCUUGAGUUGCUUUUGUGGUAUGUUUUGGGUCAUUGUCCAUCUAUACUGUGAACUGCCGUCCUGUCAGUUUACAGCAUUUGACUGAAUCUGAGCUACAGCUCUAUGCACUUCAGAAUUCAUCCUGUCACAUCCAUCAGCAGUCACGUCGUCAGUAAACACCAGUGACUCAUUUCCAUUGGAAGCUAUAUGUGCCCAUGCCAUAGCACUACCUCCACCAUGUUUCACAGAUGAUGUGGUAUGCUUUGGAUCAUGAGCCAUUCCUUUCCUUCUCCACACUCUUGUCCUCCCAUCAUUCUGGAAUAACUCAGUCUUGGUUUCAUUUGUUCCAAGAAUCUUGUUCCAGGUCUUUUGGUGUUGUUGAGCUCAGCAAUGCAAUUCUCCUUUUAAAGAUUGUGCCAAAUCAUUGAUUUUUUUCAGCCUAAUGAUGGCUCCCUUCACUUGCACUGACACCUCUUUAGACCAGCCCUUUAAGAGUUCCCAAGAAAAGCUACUUCAUGCAUAUUCACCACUAGAAAUCAACUUUUAUUUCCUUAAUGUCUCAUGAAAUAACAAGGGAACAGGCUACAACUGCUUAUCAAUCAACUGUCCAAUUACUUUUGAGCCUGUAAAAAAGGAGGGAUUAUGCAAAAAUGGCUGUAAUUCCAUAACAGUUCAUGCAAUAUUGUUGUUAAACCUCUUGAACGAACGCUGAAGGAACUUUAUACAUUACUGCUGUAUGUAUGAGCACUGAUGAUCUUUAGGCUGUGGCCUGUUAUCAGUGUAGACAGCUGAGCCCUUCCGUUUGUCAAAUGUGAAAUUUUCACACCUCCAUAAAUAGUCGUACCACU